CGGCAUCAAUUUAUUCCAGACCUGCGCUUCAUACCAACCGACUGUCUCUCAACGGCUUACACCUGCCAUACCCGGUGGGCUAUCGAUCGCCAUGAUCCUUCGACAGUCAUGUGUCCGACAUGGGCGAACAGCACUCGGAAUUUCAGCGAGGACGUGUUCACGCUCUGCCUCAAGCGUCAGUAUCCGUGGCGAGCCAGCAUCGGACGAGACCCCUCGAAGAAGGAUUUCAAGUCGUACUUAUAGCACCUCAAGAACCUCUGAUACGAUAGACCAUCCUACACCCAAAGCCCAGCAAGCAGACCAGCUGGCGUCUGAGAGUGAGAAACAAGUCUCCGCCCUCGGAGCUGAAGUCAAUACACUCUCUCAGACCUCUCGAAUUUUGGACAUCGAUGACCUCACCGGCUCUAAAAAAGUCGCCGACAUCGAAAUCGAAAAGCCUACUCUAGCCCGUAAGACGGCUAGUACCCGAGCCAAAACGCCCAGAUGGCCACGAGACCCUGGCUUUGUCGACGCCUGGAAGAAAGAGCGACAGAAUCCACACGAAGUCGAACGAUUCUUUGCAUAUCGUGCAAUCAACCGCGCACGAGGCACUGACAGCUCUGCCAACCGAUACGACCCCAAGAAGCUCCUUACCCAACCACCCAAACCCGCAGAUCUCACCCUUCCUAUGCUCCUCGCCAAUCAGUGCCAUCUGGGUCAUGCCACCAGUCUCUGGAACCCUUCCAACAGUGGCUACAUCUAUGGUGUGCGCGAUGGCAUCCAUAUCAUCAGUUUAGACGUCACAUAUGCAUACCUCAAACGUGCCGCCAAAGUCAUUGAAGAAGUAGCGCGCAUGGGCGGAGUCAUCCUGUUCGUCGGCACCCGUCCCGGGUUCCGAGACAUUGUCGUCAACGCUGCGAAAGAAGCAAAAGGCUAUCACAUCUUUGAUCGCUGGGUACCUGGUACGUUAUCCAACGGACAGCAAAUUCUGGGCAAGUGUGCUGUCCAGGUGGUGGACCUCAAGGACAAUAAGCUGGAAGAGUACGACGAGGCUCUAUCCCAGGGCAAACAUCAAGUCAUGAGACCGGAUCUGGUAGUCUGCCUGAAUCCCAUGGAGAACAAAGUGCUUCUGCACGAAUGCGGAGUCUUUACUAUUCCCACCAUUGGCAUUAUCGACACGGAUGCCAACCCGACAUGGGUGACAUAUCCGAUCCCGGCCAACGACGACUCAUUACGAUCCGUGGCUCUGGUGGCGGGUACGUUAGGCCAAGCGGCCAAGGAGGGCCAGCGACGAAGGCUGUUGGAAGCAGAGAGUGGAAGAGAAACAUAUUCGACUCAGCCAGCGAAGCAUUCUUUGGACCUGUUGAACACGUUGAUCGCCAUGGAUCCACAGGAGCGUUCGGAACAGGAGGAAAGCAGCGGGUCGUAGGUCAAGGCGACGAGGGUAGGGCCAUGAGAAAGCCUUGUGACGAUACCAAAGAGUUUGUGAAUCCGUUGCAUCAGUCUAAAAGUAGGCAGGCAGACCCUUUGUCGAUAUAAAGACUACUGUAUAAUAUCCCUGUCGAGUCGAUUGAUCCCACAUACUGAUCAUAUUGA